AUGUGUGGGCCAAAGCUGGUGACAGAGCUGCUCUGUCCAGGAGCUGCAGCAAUGGGUGCUGCAGGCAGCUCUCCGGGGGCCAUCGGGAGCAGGAAGGCUUUCCUGCAUGGGGAGGAAGGCCAGCUUUGGCCUCAGACAAAGGCAGGGGAGCUCAGCAUGACACAUCUCUGCUUUCUCCUCUCAGUUCACAGCAAGAGGAAUCUGUCCCCUCGGUCAGGGAAAGAAAGCACUCGACGCAGGCUCAGCUCACUGUAGGCAUGUUCACGGUGUCCCCUUGCUCCGGCUCCGUCAGUCCUUGGGGCCAGCGGAAGAUCACAGUGGAUUGCAACGCAGGAGCAGAGGGGAAAGGUGAGGAGCAGCUGUACAUUGACAUCAGCAACAGAGACCCCAAGGACAAUCCCCUCGGCAUUCCCUUUACCCUGACUGCCGAGUCCUGCAUCCCAGCGCUUGUUGAAGACGUCACGUCCAUCUUUGAGCAGUACCCGAUCCACAGCAACGUCAAUCUCCGCCAGACGUUACAGUCGGUGCAAGGUAACGGUGUGUUCAUCAGAGAUGAUAACAAAUUCAUCUUCACCAAAGUUCAGGUGGGGCAACAGGCCACGGCUCGCUUCAAGAACUCUAAUGGCAGCAGUGUCCCAUGUGACGUGGUCCUCUCCAUCAAAGCCAUGCCUGGAGAGCCUCACAGCCUCAUCAGCAACAUCUUCAAGUUGGAUCCUGUUGAGAUGAGGAUUCCUGGUUUAUCCCACGCCUUUGCUACAGUGACCUUCACUCCAGAACAAAAGGAGGACUACCAGUGCACUUUCACAGCUUCCCUUGUUAGCCCAAAAAGCAGCUCCGUGAAGACGAAACCCCAACAGCUGACCUUCACUGUCAGUGGAGAGGGGCACGUGCCUCAGGUGACAGUCGAGUGCCCGGGCCUUCGGAGCAAGAGAGGAAACGCUGUGCUGCGCUUCAGGAGGCUCCUGCUGGGGGAUUCCCAGACACUCCCCCUGGUCCUUCGUAACGAUGGCAUCAUACCCACAAAGUUUACAGUUCAUAUCAUGGAUGACAAGGGAGUUUUCUUCCUAAAAAGCACACAGUCCGCACUCCGUGCCUUCCACACUGCAGACAAGGAAGAGGACUCCACUGGGAAAGCCAAGAAGCAUCCCCAGAAGCCUUACCUGCUCCUGGAACACGGGCAAUCAGCAGAGUUUGACGUGUUUUUCAAACCCACCCUGACCCAACGUCUGGAAGGGAAGAUCCGUGUGCCACUGUCAGGCAACAAUGAGAUCAACAUAGAGCUGGUGGGUGAAGGCUACGACGAUGACUUCACCCUUGAUAACCUAGCAGAAGACAACCAGGGGAGCAAUGCUGAGGGCAAUCUGGAGGACGACAUCAUUACGGCUGUCAGAGCGAAUCACAUAGAGUUUGGGGAUUGUGCAGUCAGGGAGCUCUGCGACAAGACCUUCACAGUCACCAACCGCAGCAAGGAGGAGGUGAUGCGGUUUGAGUGGUUGCUGGCAGACACCCCAUUCCAGUUCUCCCCCAAGGUGGGACACCUCCAGCCUGGCUGUGCCAAGGAUAUCAGAGUGACCUUGAAAUCCAAAGUCCCGGUCACCAUCAGAAGGCACUCUGUGAACUGUAAGGUGGCCAAGAUCAAAUACCAGCUGCCACGAGAAGAGGUGUACAACUGGGACGAUGGAAUGUACACUGAGAAGUGGGAGGAUACCACCGAGAGAUUACCAGGAGCCCGCUGGCCUUCGAAGCGGAGGGUGGUCAAGGCAGUCCUGGAACCACCUCACACCGUCCUUGAGAAGAGCAUCCACGAGGUUGAGCUUGUCCUCAGUGCUCAGAUUGACUAUGCCAAGUACAAACUGGACACAGUCGAGGUUCAACUGAAGCAGACUGAGUUCUUUCAGACAGAGAUAAGCACUUUCCAGAUGUCCAGUACAGGGAAUGUAGCCCUGAAAUACUGCUGGCAGGAGAAUCUGGAGGAGAAAAAGCCAUCAAAGAGUUCUGAGAAGCCGUUCUCGUCCAUUCUGAUGGGUUAUUUCUUGUCCUCUGAUGCUGUGGAUCACUGGUUCAGGCAUCAUCCAAGUCGGGUGCACUGGGCAUCGCCGCUCGAGUCAACUCGGUCCCAGUCAACCCAGCCCCCAAGUCGGCACCGUUCAAGGUAGCUGAGCUGUUCUUCGAGGAACAUUAGUUCCUCCCUGGAAUUGUAUCCGGAUGACAUCAAUGACCCACCGCUGUUCUCCAUCGAGCCCCAGUGCGGUACCAUCCCUGCUGGCAAAAAUCAGACUUUCCGCGUGAAAUUCUGCCCGAUGCGUCUGGGGGAAUUUAAGGCCGAAAUGCUGUGCAGGUAGGAAAUGUCCAGGUGCUUUCCAAUCCAUGCUUCUGGUGGGUAUCACAGGAUGGGCCAUCUGGUGCACCCUUCCUGCUCAAGCAGGGUCAUUCCAGAGAACAUG